AUGGAUCAAGCAGGCAAAAGGCUGCUCUCAAAGGUCGUCGACGAUGUCGCUGAAACAGACCCUGAGAGACGGUUUGCAGUCGUCGCGCGGGGAGCAGAGCUGUCUGAUGGAUUCCAAACUCUGUCAAUGAAAGAUGUAUCUCGCGCUGUGAACAUCCUAUGUGGGUGGAUGGAGAAAACGCUUAAGCCCGCGCGCUCCCGCGAGACGUUAGCGUAUGUGGGGAAAAACGACGUGCGCUACUGCUUCUUUUUUCUCGCAUGCCAGAAGCUUGGUUUUCAGCCCUUCUUUCUGUCUACGAGAAAUCCUGACGAAGUUCAUGUACAUCUCCUGAAGGCAACGGGCUGUACCAAGGUCUGUUACAGCGAUGGCUACCGUAGCCGGGUUCUGGGAACUCAGCAUCUAUCUCCAGAUGUGGGUGUCUUCGAAGUUCCCACCCUAAAGGCCAUGCUCAGUGAUGAGAGUGGGAUUCGCUCCUAUCGAUCCCCAAAUUCAUUCGCCGAGACUAGUGAUGAUACAGUGUGUAUCAUCCACAGCUCUGGAACAACCGGUAUGCCCAAGCCGGUGUAUCUAACGAAUGGCUUUUUCGGUACCUUGGAUGCGGUCACUCGACUUCAAUGGCCACCAGGUCGCCAGCCAAGUAUGAUGUUUAACUUAAGCAACCAGGAUCUUGUGUUAACCACGACGCCGUUCUUCCACGUUAUGGGAUUCAUGGCGUUUGUUAUAAGUAUCUUCCAUGGGACACCUUUUUUGCUUGGUCCUGAAAAGCCUCCAUCGGUGGACGUUUUGGUCGAGCUGAUGCGGAAGGGUCACCCAACGGCGGCAGUAUACCCGCCAUCUCUGCUCGAAGAUCUCAGCCAUUCCGACGAGGCACUGGCAUGUCUACAUGAGCUGCGAACUAUCUACUUUGGGGGUGCUCCUCUGGGACCAGAGACUGGUGAUCGUCUGCGAAAUUAUACACAAUUAGUGUCCGUGAUCGGAUCAAGUGAGGCCGGCUGGAUACCAGCGAUGGUUCCAGAAGAUCCAGGUAACUGGAACUAUUUCGAAUGGCACCCACAAUAUGGGCCGGAGAUGCAGCCCGUGGGAAAUGAUCUAUACGAAAUGGUGUUACAGCGACAGGAGACUCAGGACUUCCACGGUAUCUUCCACACCUUCCCCAAAGUCGAUGUUUACCGAACCAACGACCUCUUCACUCAACACCCCACGAUACCAAGUCUAUGGAAAUAUUAUGGCCGGGGGGAUGAUGUGAUCGUUCUGAGCAACGGUGAGAAGUUUAACCCGGUCACGAUGGAGAUCAUCAUGGAGGGACACCCGCUUGUCUCGAAGGCAGUAGUCAUUGGACAAUUUCGAUUCCAGGCGGGCUUGUUGAUAGAGCCAACCUUCGACGUGCCAGAGAUGGAGACCAAAAUGUUCAUCGAAGAGAUCUGGCCAGCCGUGCAAGCGGCAAACGCAACCAUCGUCGCUCACGGCCGGGUGGUGAAAAACAAGAUCGGGCUUGCCUCAAAGACGAAGCCUUUCAAGAGGACCCCAAAGGGCACAACGCAGCGGCUAGCUGUUCUCCGCGAUUAUAAAGAGGAGAUCGACGCAAUCUAUUCUGCUGGUCUAGAGGAGGAGUUGAAGUACUACCUCCCUGACACCCUAGACCAAGCUAGCGUAAGGACAUACGUUCGCCAAACGAUCGCUCAUGUGUUAGGAAAACCAGACAUACCGAUCGACCAGGAUUUUUAUAGCGCUGGGCUUGAUUCUCUAUCAACUAUCCAGGUGUCUAGAGUGAUCCAAGAGGGCCUUCAACUGCGUCGACCCGAUGUGCAAGCAGGGCUUAUGACUCCGCAGACGAUCUAUAGCAACCCAACCGUGGAGCAGUUAUCGCGAGUCGUUUGUGCUGCUCUAGAGGACAAUGUGCAGCAGACAGGCAUCUCUCGAGGAGAGAAGAUACAGGGCCUAGUAGAAAAGUACACAGCCGAUCUUCCCGUGCGCGACGAGCGCUUCCUCCAGAACAACAUGGAGGCGCACUCCACUAUGAUUCUCACCGGAUCAACAGGCUCACUCGGGACAUACCUACUCUACAACUUUCUUUGUAGCCCGUUUGUAUCGAAGAUUUACUGCUUGAAUCGAUCAGACGCCGAAUCGCGGCAGAAGAAAAGCUUUGAAGAGAAAGGCCUACAUGUGGAGGAAGACGACUGGAAAAACAAGCUAGAAUUCCUCAAAGUCUCUUUCGGAGAACCGCACUUCUCUCUUGAUGAGGCUAAAUAUCAAGAGCUGUUGGAAUCGGUGGACACUAUCAUCCACAACGCCUGGAAAGUCGACUUUAACCACUCAGUCGACUCCUUCGAAGAUGAUCACAUCCGCGGCGUUCGCCGGUUUGUUGACUUCAGCCUUGAUAGUCGGCACAACGCCCAUAUCCACUUUGUUUCCUCCAUUAGUACGGUAGGUGCCUGGACCCCGGACAUGGCGCCGUCGGUCCCGGAAGUUCCGAUAGAAGAUUGCGCAGCAGUUCUCCCACAGGGCUACGGCGAGUCCAAAUAUGUGGCAGAGCGCAUCUGUCUCGAAGCCUCGCGACGGUGCCGCAUAGCAACAACGAUAUAUCGUGUGGGACAAAUUGCAGGUCCGACUACCGCACGCGGACAAUGGAAUCAGCAUGAAUGGCUUCCGGCCAUCAUUGCGACGUCAAAAGCGCUGGGUCAAGUUCCUAAUUGCCUAGGAGCUAUGGAAGUUGACUGGAUCCCCGUGGACACGCUCUCGUCGAUCAUGGGCGAGAUUGUCAAUACAAGACGUGCAAACUCAUCUAAGAACCUCUGUGCCGUCUUUCAUCUGACGAACCCGUCAAAGGUGCCGUGGUCGUCGCUGAUUCCGGCCAUCCAAAAGAAGUACGCGGUGGAGCCAGUUGAACUAGCCGCCUGGGUAAACAAACUCGAAAACAUCCAGAGCCCGACGAGUGCCGAGGUACGUAGAAAACCAGCGCUCAAGCUGCUGGGCUUUUACCGCGCACUGCUAGAUAAAAGCUCGGCACUUUCAGUGGUGCUGGAUGUCCGGCGAGCGCAAGAAGCGAGCGCCGUGAUGAGAUCACUAGGACCGAUCUCUGUACCCCUAAUGUUAAACUGGUUGCAACAAUGGGAGUUCUGA